UCGGAGUGGGAGAUAAUAGUUAAGAUUGUGUAACUGAAAAUAGCUAUUCCACAUAUUUUAUUUAUCAUGUGCAGGUACAUAGUGUUCGACAUGUUAAGUACAAAAUAAUUUAUUUUUAUCAACUGAUUCAAAUCGGGGUUAAUUUGGGUCGGGGAAUUCGCGUGUGUGAUUGUGUGUGUAUGUGAAGUGUGUAUUAUUUUCGGUGUCGUCGUUAAAAAUUAACGGGCAAUUAAUUUGAGAUGGCAACAAUGGAAACAGAAAACUUUCUUCAAGACAUUAUAAAACUUCAGCUUCGCAAACCGAAAAACUGGAACUGGCAACUUUCGACUUCAAAAUCGUCGCCUCACAUAGCUUUGCCAAUUAUACAACUUUACGACGCUAAAGGAAAAUUGCUUGUUCAAACUAAAGACAACGGAUGCACUCAAAGGCAAAGCUGGCACAGCGCGGACAAGCUCCCAGUUAAAACAAAAAUAAGAGGCGUUUUGGUUGACCAUCGUGAUGCAGCGAACAAGAAUCGAAAUUUCGAAGAACGUAUAAAAAGUAAAAGUGGAUCAAGUAACAAUGUGAUUAAAAGUUCCGGAGCGAUGCUAAAGGAGAACACGUGCAAGACUACAGCUAAUGAAGCCGAUAACAGAAAAGAGCGCCCUUAUGACAGAAAUGCAAUUAAAGGGGACCACAGCAAACGGAAAACUUUUCGUAUCAGAAAGUCCAGAAGCGAUAUUCUCGCCGCUAAAGAUAAUUCGUCGUCGUCGUCGUCAUGCGAGCGAACAAAAAGCAAGCCGCUGCAAAAAGCACCGUCGCACAGCGAGGUGGUCCGCGCCAGGGCCGAGAUCAGACGCCAACACAAAAGAGCGAGGAGCGACGAUCUUUUCCGCAGGAAAUUAAAAUGCAGCGGCGGCGGCAACGCGGAGAGCCUGAAGCGGGCUGAAAGUGACGGCUACAGGAACUUCCUCGCGCCCCACAGUAAAAAUGAUAAAUCGACGGCGGUGAAAAUGACCGCCGAGCAUGUGCUGUUCGGCAAUGACGCCCGCAACGUUCAGGUGAACCGCGUGAAACACAACAACAAGUAUACGACGAGGACCAGCAGUGCAGGCACCCUGAUAAUUAGGGAGGAGAGUUUCAGUCGGUACAGGCGACGCAGGAGCACGUUGGACGGGGUCGAAGACGCCAUCAAAGGGAAACCCGACUCACUUUCCAGCCCGACCCGACCACCGCCGACCGAAAGGCUCUCUACGAGCCCAACGCCUGAUUCCAGGUGGUUCAUGAGGCGGAAUAAGAAUCGAUACGUAGAGGGCGGCGACGACACCGAACUUGCCAAGCCGGACCAAACAACGUCACCUCCUGUAAGGAGCCUAAAAAAUGGUUUCCGAUGCUACGUGGAGGAGAACGGCGAUUACACCGUUCAGGAACCGGUAACUCCUGGAGAGAGCCGCAAAGGAAGUUGCAUUGCGUCAGAGUUGGAAUGGAGCGGCGUCGAGCGGGAACUUGAUAAACGCAGACAGAGAAGGAAAAUGGUAAUGGAGCAAAAGGAUAAUGUUGCAUCUGUUAAAGGUUACCUAGAGAAGGGAUCCAGCAGCGGAGUGGGGCAUCAAAGCAGCAACAACAACAACGUCGCCGACGCCAAAAGGGCGGCGGGAAAGGAGGGCAGCGUCGAAGGCGGCGGCGGCUCGGUGCGGCUGGCGCGCCGCCUCUCUUCCAACGACAAUGCAAAGAUGGGCGCGAACGUGAGCCGUCACUCGAGUAAGGGGCUGUCGGGACGCAGGUCCCAAUCGAGCGGAAGCAUCUACAGCGGAAAGUCGGGCAGCGGUCGGAAUCAAGAAGGCAAGGUGUGCGGCAGCCUGCCCAGCUACCUGGACGAGAACAACGAUAACGGAACCAACAACAACCAUGCCGACUGCAAUCGGCCUCCUCUCGACGAGGACGAUAGGAUUCCCCGCCUGGGUGAUGGCGGAGCCCAAUUGCACUGGAAAUUUACAGAUCAUCAGACAGUACUCUGCGAUCAGGGAUACGGGUCCGAGAGAUCGCCGGAGGAGGAAUUUCCGCCUCCACUGCCCGACCACCAAAAUCAGUGCCACCAACAUCUCGAACCGCACGCCUGCUAUCCAUUUAUAACGCCAGAUAGCACGUUCGGCGUGAAGCUGGCCAAGGGAUCGAGAGGGCUGGGACUGAGCGUCACCGGCGGGGUGGACAGCACGGGGGCAUGGCCCGGCCUGAUCCGCAUCAAGAGGCUGUUUCCUCAUCAGCCCGCCUCCACGUGCGGCCUUCUUUACGUCGGCGAUCUCCUCAUCGAAGCUAACGGGGUUACGCUCACCGGCCUCACCAAUUACGAAGCUUUGGAGGUAUUAAGGACGGCAUCUAAUCAGGUCGAGCUGAAGGUAUGUCGACCACCCCCGGACGUGUUGAAUUGCGUGAGCCCCAUUUCGGAAAUUCCGCCCCCGCCUCCGCGACGGGAGGCCCCCAACAGCCUGCACCUGCCGCCCACGGCUUACAGUUCCCCCGAAGACGACUACUAUCAGGGCGAAUUUGAAGUUCAGUUAACCAAAGUUCAAGGGUCGUUAGGGUUUACGUUGCGAAAGGAGGAUGAUAGCGCGUUGGGGCACUACGUUAGAGCCCUAGUGCGAGAGCCAGCAUUGACAGAUGGAAGAAUAAGGGCUGGAGACAAAAUCAUAGCGGUUAAUGAUGUGGAGAUAUCUCCGAUGAGCCACGAGCAAGCGGUACAAUAUUUAAGGCAAUGCGGUGAAGUAGUGAGUCUCCGGUUGUAUAGGGAUUGCGCCCAGACUCCCGUUGCGGCCCUCUCACCCACCGAAACCACCCCAACCACUUCGUUCUCCCGAAAGGCAAACUUGAGGCAAGAAGCGGUGGACAUGCUGAACGACAUAGCCGUCCGCAAGCUGAUCCCGGGUAACCAACAAGACCCAUACAGACGCUCCCUGUCGCCAACGGACGCGUCGCCGCGAAGACUGCGCCGCAACCCGCACCCCUCCGACGCCUCGCGCGUCGCCGACCCCUCCGACGCCCCCCACCACCAAAGCAUCGAAGAGCAGUUCCACGAGGGCCUGCUGCACGGCUGCUUCGACGAAGACGACUGCCCGUCGCUGUUCAUCGUCGACUCGGACGGCGAGGGCGACAAGCCCGACCGGCCCAGCUCGCUCGACCUGUACAACCCGAACCAGACGCCGGUGGCGGCGCGCAAGCCGCGCUUCAACUUCUCGCUCGCGCACAACCAGUACGAGCUGAACAACCUCGACCCGGAGGUGCUCGACGCGCCCAACCUCGCCUACAACCUGGGCGCGGCGGACGAGGCGGCGGGCGCCGAGGUCGAGUGCCCGCGCGAGCCGGCCAGCAUGCCGCACAUCGCGCUCGACACCUCCGCGUUCAGCUACAAGAAUCCGGCCUACCAGACCGCGCACCCUCAUUGCGACGACAGGGUUGGGAAGCAGGCGGCCGCCAGCAAGGACGACAACGGCGCCGUGCGGAAGUGGAAGGGCGUGCCGCUCGACGGCGAGCACCGCGGAACCGUCAGGAGGAAGAAAAUGCCGGAAGAGUACCAGGUGCUGGCCAUUGAAUUGAACAGGGGCUGGAACAGCCGAUUGGGUUUCAGCCUUCAAGGAGCUGCAGGUGUCACUUAUGUCAGUGCAGUCCAUGCGGAUAGCGUAGCUGCCAGGGAUGGCAGAAUCAAACCAGGCGAUAGAAUCAUCAAGGUGAAUGAUGAAAGCGUAGAAAAUAUGACAACCAAUGAAAUAAUAGAUUUACUUCGAAUAGUAAGGGGUCCAGUAUGUAUAGUUAUAUCGAGAGUCAAAUCCAAUGAAGACUGUCAAAACCGCAAUGCUGAGAAUUGAAUAUGUAGUACAAGACGUUCAUUAAGCGUAUAUCAAUUUGUACACAAGCAAACAAAAUUUAUAUAAUUAUACGCGAUUUUUUUAAUCAAUCCUAAUAUCCCACCCAUGGUUAUUUAAACCAAACUUGAUAUUUUCCUUAUUUUAUUUUGUAUGUUUGUGUGCCGAAAUAUUUGUAUCUAUAUUGUUAAUUUGUUUAUAAUUUUAAGUCUUACGGAUGCAUUUGUGCGGUAAAAUCGCUUCCUUUACCGCACAAAACCAUCUUUUGUUUUAACUAAUGCAAAUUUUACUUUAAUCUAUUUCUAUUUAAGAGCUGAAAUAUUGUGAUAAUUUUAACUAUGUAUUAAUUAAAUUUUAUUUAUUUUUAAAAAUGUUUCCUACAGGAUAAACAAAUUAUUGGGACCUUCCUUUUUAUUAUUUAGCGCUGACAUCAAAAUCCACCAUUUUGUGACGUCAUUAGUCAGUUUUGACGUUUGAAAGGUACCUACUUGGUUUCUUAGUAAAAUGUCAGAUGUGUUAAAAAAUAAAAUGAAAUGUCAGAAUAAUUUGGUAAAAUGUGAAUUGUUUUAUAAAUUAAAUGUUCCUAAUAACAACUUUCAAUUAAAAUAAACAAAUUACAUUUUAAUUAAUAAAAAACACAAAUGAGUAAAAAAUAUAUUUAUAUUGGAACAACUAUUUUAUUGUAAAUUAUCUCAGAUAAUCAUAAAAACUUAGCAAUGUGAUAGUUUGAUUCGAUUUAAAAAUCUAAAAAACAGUUCUUAUUAUUUAAAAUUUAACCUACUAGUCUGUAUUAUAAUUUGUUAUAAUACAAUGAAUAUUUUAUGGACUUGUUGUAUAAGUCUAGAUUUAGAUAGUACCUAGAUGUUUUCUGCAAUGAUAAUAAUAAUAAAUGGGGACAUUGCAAAAGAAGAUGGUUUAAAAGUAAGAAUGUGUCCCUAUUUAAUAUUCUGUCCUUGUUUUUAGGAUCGUUGUUUAAUAGAAACUAAAUAUAUUUAAGCAGAAUUCUUGUUCAAUAAAAGAUCUUAGUAAGUACCUACUCGAAGUUUCUAAAGAAAAGUUUAUUUUUAAGUACCAAAAUACUAAACAUUCUACCAAUACCGUUUUUUAUUUUAAAACUCAUUUUUAGCAGAAAUAAUAAGUAUAUUAUGAAAAAAUAUAUAAUAUAAUACCGAAAAAUAUUUUUCUCCAGAAACUUUGAGGUUGUGUAAAAAACACAUCUUAUGUAAACAUUCUAAAUUUUGCCUAUUACAUAAAUAUAGAAAUUCUAUUAUUUUUUGUAAAUUAAAAUGUUUUAAGAAAAAAUUAUAUAGGUAUAUGUCUUGAAUCAAAAAAUUAAAUGAAAUAGUAGUAAACUGUAUUCAUAGAAUUAUUUUAAAUUUGUUGUUUUUGUAUAGACUUUUAAGAUAUUUCAAACUAUCAUUUUUAAAUUCUAAACCAAAGACAAGAUAAAUAAAUAUCGUUGAAAUAACUGAAUUUUUAUUUAAAUCAACUUUACCUAGGUAAGUCCAAAUCAACAAUGAACAAAUUACCCUUUAAU